CACAGGUUGGGGCAAGGUUACGUGAUAUCGAGUUUUCGCGCUAUAACCCGUGUUGUACAACUCACUGUUGCAGCACGCACUACGGCGGUUCCAAACCCUUAGAAUGACUUUCUCCAGACAAAUGUAUUCGAUUAAUCUAUUACGGACAAGUUGGCUGCAUUAUUGUGUUAACAAUCGAUACUCAGUAGUCCCAGUCACUGGAUUAUCCGAAUCAUCAGUAGCUGGUGACCAGGAAUCUGAAACUAAUUACAACAAACUAAAAUCCCUAAAUUUCUCCGUGAAUUCAGUUACGUUACUUGGGACUGUCAUCGGGAUAAAAACAUUCCCAAUGCAAAAAGCUCCAGAUCGCAACUGGACUCUUAUAUUUUUGAAAACCCAAUCACCCAGAUUUAUAAAUGCUGAAAAUAAAUAUUUAACUGGGACCUCUGAUACGGAUGAAUAUGAUUCGAAAUUUAAAAUGGUAUGGUGCAGUACAUCGAAUAGAGUCCAUGUUUUCAGUCCUAAAUUGGUCAGCGCUCUUAGAGAUGUUAAACUUGGUGAACGUCUACUAGUCACUGGAUUUCUUUCUUAUUAUCAAUCACCUAAACCUGAUGGAACGGCUCAAAGAAACUGCUGCGUCACGGCUCAGCGCAUCGCUCAUAUGGGUUGGUCUAAUGAUUAUCAGUCCAGUGAGAAUCUGGCGGAAGUUCUUGAAACGUAAAUUUUAGGUGAAGAUUUAUCACUAUGUGUCUCACAACAUAUAUAUUUUAAUCUUCCCAUUAAUGCCAUCACAUCCAUCCAGUAAACAAAAAGUAAAUGGUUAGUAGAAUGUUCAAUGAAGUAAAUCCAUUCACAGUUCAUAUAAUGGGAUUGUCCUUAAUCGAUUGUCUAUUGUCCAAAAAAUAACAUUUGAUAUAUACCUAUUUCGUUCUAAAUCAUGCAUAUGCAAAUAUUUUAUUGAGAUAAAAAACGAAACUGAUUUUUUCCGGUAUGUUACUCGAUUAAGGAUAGAUUGUCCUCUGAAACUUCGUAGUAAUUGUUUGAGUGCCGUAAUUAGCUGUAUUUUUAUCACCAAUACUUACGUUUUAACUGAAAGGUCAAGUAUUUCAAAUUCGUCUGAAGCGAGUUUUACUAAAUGCUGUUUGAAAAUAUAAAUCUAUACUAGAUCCAGAGGUUUGCUACUAGUUUACCACAAAAUGUAAUCAACUUCAGAGUACAUCGUAAACUGAUGGGUAAGUUCACCUUAAGCUUAUAGAAUAAACAUGAAGCGCUUGUGAGUUCCUCACGUAUUUCGAAAUGACGGAAAUGUUAAUAAACAAAUGAAUACAA